AGAGACCCCCAGAGCGCCGCGGCCCGGCAGAACCAGAACCCGGUGAUGGCUGAGAUCGGGGAUGAAGACGUGACCAUCAUCCCCUCCGACGCCGACUCGGAGAGUUUGCUUCCUCAAGCUCGGACGUCGUCACCAGAACCUCCCCGGGUCAUCUGGGCAGAGACGGGGGUGCAGACAAUCAAGUUUGAAGAUUACAGAUGUGGGCUCUGGACGUUAACGGAUCCUGGCAGACCUGCAGAGUCUGUGGCCACAGAGCAGGAAGAGUUAAGUCCUCGGCAGAGUCCGGUCCUCGGCCCAGAGCAGCCCAGCAGUGGACCACCAACCCCCGAGGAGAGUCUGGUCCACGAUCUAGACCAGCCCAGCAGUGGACCGCCAACCCCCCAGGAGAGUCCAGUCCACGAUCUAGACCAGCCUAGCGGACCGCCGACCCCCCAGGAGAGUCCGGUCCACGAUGUAGACCAGCCUAGCGGACCGCCAACCCCCCAGCAGAGUCCAGUCCACGAUCAAGAGCAGUGCAAUAAUGGAUUUCCAGCCUCCCAGCAAAGUCCAGUCCCCGAUCCAGGGCAGUGCAGCAGUGGACCUUUAGCCCACAAGGAGAGUCCGGUCCACGGUGUCCAGUAUUCUCCCGAACACGUUAACUGUUGCAGUCUUGCCGCCUCACCUCCCUCGAGCAGCUCGGUGAUUCCUCCGGCUGAACCCGUCUACAUGACCCUGUCCCCGUCUCCUUCCCCUCCCCCGGCACCCGCCUCGCACCCAGAAUCAGGGUCCGACAUUGACUCCUCCCUUUUCUGGAGGAGCUGCAACACCGUCGGCUGCACGCGGGCCAUCGUCGAUGGCUUCAUGAGUGGGAUGAACGAGAUCUUCGGCAGAGUCCAGACCGAGCAGGCGAGCCAGGAGGAUUACGACCGGGCGCUUGCGGUGAUCACGGCUUCUGGCAGACUUGCAGAGUUUGUGGACAAGCAGCAAAAAGAGUUGCAGAGGAAACAGACAGAACUUCAGAGAGCAGCAGAAGCUCUGCAGACCGUCGUAUCGACGCUGAAGAGAUGAGUUGACAAGCUGCCGCUUCCUGCCGUCUUUCAAACGUACGAUUUAUGGUUUACAGGCGUCACAGCUCUCAACGUCGUACGGGUGUGACGCCGGAGUUGGGAGAAAGUGUUUAAAAACCGUAACAGAAUUAUUUCCAAACAUGUUCCAUAUUUAGUUUUAUGAGGAAAAUCAAAUGCUUUUUAUAUUCCGUUUAUAUUCCGGUUGUUGUAUUAUUUAUUGUUUUUCAAUGUUGUUUUUAACUGAAAUUUCAAACUUCCUAACCAGGAAUACGUUUUUAUAUUGUUGAAAUUACUGUAGGUGUUGACUUAAUUUUACUUAAAAGACCAAACAGUCCUCUGAACGUUUUUUCAGAAACAAGAAAUGCGUUAAAGAGCUCAAAUACACAUUAAAUAAAUCUUAACCUGAACUCAGGUUCUGGGGGAAGAAAUGAUGGGAAUGCUACAGAAGUAAGAAAAAUGGAGGCAAAUUUAAAAUUCUCCCUAUUUAACCUUUUAUUUUAUUCAUGUAAUCAUAAGUAAAUAUAUAUUUGCUCUACUGUGAAGUAGUUGAAGAUGUUUGUUGGAGGAAACAAUUGUUUUAACUUUUCCACCAGAAUCUAUAACACAUUUGUAAUGCGAGCGGAGCAACCCAGUCCCCUGAUCUUCACUCAGACCAGACAAACUUUAUUUGUCCUUGAAGGACAUUUGUCUCAGAUGGAAGUGCAAAAAGAUCCAAAACAAUCAUAAAAAACCUUGUUCUGACUUUUAUAAAACAAAAUCUUUCAUGUCAGAUUAAACAAUGAGGUUCGUUUCUCACCUCAGUCUUUCAUGAAUUGUGAACUGACAGAAAUAAAG